AUGGGCGCGCACGUGUCGCGACACGUGGACGAGCGGCUGGACGACCUGGAGGUGUAUCAGCGCGCAGUGGCCGCCACGUUCUCGGAGCGAUCCAAACCGCCAUCCGACGGCGUCGACGCGGCGCCGGGCAUUCAGCAGGCGCAGCUUCUAGACGCGUGCAAGGCCGUGCUGCAGCGAAUAUCGGCGGAACUAGAUCCGCGCGCCGGCCGCGUCUGCCUCCGCGUGCCCACCCCGCGCGACCUCGACUUCGCGCUUUCUCGCCAUCCCGCGCUCGCGCAGCUGCCCAUGCUCUCCUUCGCGGAGUUCGAGCGCGUCACGCGCUGUGUCUUAAAGCGCGUCGCCGCGGAUCGCGGGCGCCGCCUACUGCUCUUCGUAACAGGCGGAGUUAUAGCGGUGCAAAUGGCAAAGGGCACUAUCCCCGAGGCAACUGCUGCACUGAGUGAGAAACGAGAGGGAAGGGGGAAGGGUGGGAAGAGGGGGAAAGGCGGAGGAGGGGUAGGAGAGGAGAGUGACCAAUCAAAGGUGGACAACGGGCCAUUUCUCCCACAUUCCAGUCCCCCUCACUGA